AUGAGCCCAAGUAACGACUCCGGUUUCAAGGUCGAGCCUUUCGACGGCUCGAACUAUGGGUUGUGGAGUUACAAGAUGAAGAUGUACCUGAUAUCGAAGGGGCUAUGGGGCGCGAUCGCGGGCGAUGAGACAACAAGUGAGGCCAAGGAACAGCAAGCCCACGCCGCGAUCGUGCUGAAUCUGAGCGAUUCGCAGUUGAUGCAUGUUAUCGACUCGGCCACUGCAAGAGAAGCGUGGGGACGUUUGGCGCGAUUUCAUCACAGUCAUGACAUGGCGAAUCGACUUUGGCUGAAGGAAAAGUUCGCGUCGUUCAAGUAUGCAGCAUCAAGCAUGAGCGGUCAUGUGAUGGAGCUGGAGGAUCUCGUGAUGAAGAUGAAGCGCGCGAACUGCGGUCCAAGUGAAGAAGACGUGUGCGCAGUACUGUUGCGGAGUCUACCUUCAAGCUUCGAGAGCUUGGUACAGGCAUUCCGCAUGUCCGUCGCAAGCUUCAGUUUCAGUGACCUCGUGAGCAAGUUGAUCGCCGAAGAAGUGCGCCAGAAUGAGGCUGCACGAGUAGAAGAUGCAACGGCUCUCUACGCAGGCAAGAGGAAGGGUAAGCAGUACCCGAAGAAGCAACAAGUACGGCGCGCGAAGGGACCAUCAGGGACCUGCUACAACUGUGGCAAGGUCGGACACUACGCCAGAGAUUGUCGCUCCGGUCGAGGGCCAAGGGAGCAACAGCAUGACCAGUCGAAUGUCGCGUUUAAUGCUUGCGAAGGUUUCGCGAGCAACAGCUGGGUCAUGGACAGUGGCGCGUCAGCACACAUGUGCAAGGGUCGAGAUGCGUUCGAAGAUUACGAAGAAGUGCAUCAUGCGCGAAGUAUUUCAAGCGCAACGAACGACGUGAAGCUAAAUGUCAUCGGAUAUGGGACAGUGAAGCUGCGCGUCCAGACAUUCGUGGAUCGACACUCGCCUUGA